UCUCUCAAAGGAUGUCAACUUUUACCUUGAUUGGGUCGUGAUUGGGUUUCUUUUAGGCUGGUGAUAUCAAGUUGAAGUACUGACGAACCGAGGAAGAAAAAUCAUAACAUUACUAAACAAGCUUGUGGCAAGAAAUUGAAUUUAUAAUUGGGGUAACUUUUCUAGGAAUUCUGACAGAAGGAAUUUGGAGAAGAAUUCGGAACUAACUGAAGGAAAGUUGCAGGGUAUUGGUCCGACCAUGGCGGCCUUAAGAAUACCAGUCAAGAGUUGUACAGCUAGGCAUCUUUCCUGUCCCUUUCAACCUGCACAGUCGGGAUGGAGGAGUAGUUCCCCUAGUGGACGAGUGAACGAAGCUACGAUGAUACGAUGUGAGAUGGCAACAUAUCAACAAACUUACCACAAUCACACAAUCAGUCAGAAACCAGAGAAAGAUGAAAAAGAUAAAAAUAAAAACAAAUCAACGAUGGAAACAAUAAAAGAACAAUUAAAAUCCAUUCAGAAAAUGAAAGACAGCAUUUCUGGUGCAGUCGUUCAAUUUGGUGCCAUAACGGCAGCCAUUCCUCGGGGUAUUACUUCAGAUUUCCAAAAAUAUAUUCCUUUUGUUGGAGACUCUUCUGUAAGGGAGAGAACUAUGAAACCAGUUGUAAGGAGGAAAAAAAUCAUAUCAAAUAACGUGUCUGCGGAUCGUGAGCAACAUACUUUCGAAAAAGCCAUGCUGGACACACAAGAAAGUAUUUCAUCUUUUUAUGACCAAACUAAUACACACCAAUAUUUACGAUCGCCCGUUGCCAUGGUGAAAGGAACAAAUACAGAAAAUGUUGAUAAGGAAACAACAAAUUUAAUCAGAAAUGUUUUGAUCACAGCAUCUGCCAGAACUGACCCCACAAAUCAGCCGGAAAAAGUGAAAAAGCCACUCAUUCAAAAAGAUUUUGUAUCAAAGUCGGCUAUCGACAGUAGAACAAGAGCUUUGGUUCAUGCAAUCAAAGCGGCGAAGUCGUCCAUGUCCAAAUUAACUCGAACAGAAGAACUAUGUAAACAUAUAUUACAGUACCCUAAUUCUAGAACUGUUGCUUAUAGAGAGAAGGUUUUACCUCAUUUGUUGAAAUUCUGUAAAUCCAGUGAUAAAUCGUUAAAAGCUCAGGCUAAUGAAGCGUUGGCUCUGAUUGGUUACGUUCCUAAAUUAAAGGGCAGGGGUAUACGUAUAAUCAGUAUAGAUGGUGGUGGAACAAGGGGAUUAGUCGCCAUAGAAACAUUACGUAGAUUACAAGAGGCGUGUCAGACAGAUAUUAGAGAUAUGUUCGACUAUGUUUGUGGCGUCAGCACAGGGUCCUUGAUAGCAGCCAUGAUAUUCUUAUUUCGUAUUUCACUGGAUGAGGCCGAACAUCUAUAUUUAGAAUUCAGUAAACAGAUGUUUUCCAGGAAUCGUAUUGUUGGAACAAGCAAGUUGGUGUGGACUCACGCCUUUUAUGAUUCAACUAUUUGGGAAAAUAUACUCAAAGAACAACUUGGUCAUAAAAGGAUGAUAGAAUUUUCUAGAUCUACACAUUGUCCACGGUUUUCUGGCGUAUCAAGUGUGAUGAAUUUACCUAUGAUGAAGAAUUUUAUGUUUCGUAAUUACAACCUGCCACCUGGUGUGUAUUCUCACUAUCCGGGAAGCUGUAAUCACGAGAUCUGGGAAGUUAUCCGAGCCUCGUCAGCAGCUCCUGGGUAUUUUGAACAGUUUAAUCACGGAGAUUAUGUUCAUCAGGAUGGUGGUUUACUCACCAACAACCCAACGGCUUUAGCGUUACACGAGAGUAAAUUACUGUGGCCGGAAGAAUCGGUUCAGUGUGUUAUCUCCCUUGGUACUGGUCGUUACGAACCCAACUUUGAAUUCGCACCCAAUAAAUUAUCGUUAAAAGAUAAACUUUCUAAAAUAGUUGAUUCGGCAACUGAUACUGAAGCCGUUCACGUUACCUGUCAAGAUCUUCUUCCACCUUCGUCAUAUUUCCGAUUUAAUCCUUACAUGUCGGAGAUGUUCUUCCUCGAUGAAAUCAGACCAGAUAAACUCAAUCUUAUCAAACAAGAUGCGAAAAUGUAUCUACGCAAAAAUAAGGUUAAAAUGGAAACAGCUGUCGGACAAUUGGUACAAUCACGUCGUCCUGAUCAAGUCGUUUAUGAUUGGAUAAAAAAUAGUCGCGGAAAUAUAUGAAAACGUGAAAGUGUGGUUAUAGGUAGAUAUGAUAAUAGAUCUUCCAGUAACUAAGGUUGUGAUAGGUCAAGAAUCUUAUUUGGUAUGCUUGUUGUCAUUGGUUAAUGGACGUAAAAAGUGGUCUGUGAUUGGAUAAAUCUGGAAUAAGAUGAGACAGAGUUUGUUAUUAUUAUUAUUUGUUUUUGUAUAAAUUAUUAUUUUUUCGUCAAAAAUACUUCCAUGUGUUUUAUAGGCCUUUUACUUUAAGAUUUGUUCAGUCAAUCAUAUGACGAAAUCAUCGUAUGAUUUGAAGAAUGUGGUACAAUAUGAACUGAUCAUGGUGAUUAACACAUGCCUAUUUGUUAUUCCCUCUCUAUAUUGAGUUAAAACUUUACCGGUGCUGUUAAAAGUUUUUUUUAUUUUUGCUUUUUUAAUUGAUACAAUGUUGUGAUAUAUUUGUACUAUAAAUGAAGCCAUCUUUUAAUAAUUUAUUAUUGUUUAUAUGUCACCUGUGACAGGUAAAUGUGUCAGAAGUCACAAGCUAUUGUUUAUAUGUCACCUGUGACAGGUAAAUGUGUCAGAAGUCACACGCUUUUGUUUAUAUGUCACCUGUGACAGGUAAAUGUGUCAGAAGUCACAAGCUGUUGUUUACGAUGAUAAUAUAUGAACAAAAUAGUCGAUAUAGGCUGAAAAUAUGAACAAAAAAUUGCUUUAUUUGUCAAAUGAAAACUUUUACCUUUGGUGUUAUAUUUACAUUGUUUCAAUGGCAAUAAGUAAUUGAACUGGAAUUGUGACCUGUAUGUUACAUGUACAUCAUUAGAAAGAUAUUUUUAGCCUACAUAUAUUUUAAAUUUUUUGUUCAUACAGUAAAAAACUUGCGACUUCCACCUCACUUUGAUAUAUCACAGGUCACAUGUAUCCCAGAGUUAUUCUGGUCAAUAUCCGUUAACUGACUAGAUACUGACAUGAUAUAUGUAUAUGUAUGUUCCCUUCUGUUUAACAGGGAGAUUAACGGAAAUCAUGCCGAAAUAUCCAUCCUAAUUGAUAGAAAUUCUUUCGAUAUCGUGACAGAUAUCUUGGUGCUUUAAUGAUAUGUGUUCAAGUGAGGUUUAGGUUAUGAGAUUUGUCCAUGACGUUUUCAGUGGUGCACGGCAGAGGGCCAGCAAGGGACAGUGUAUAGUUUUUUGGAUGGGAUGAAAAAACAAAGUCCCACUUAAACAUUGGCAUGUACGUAAAAGAUCUCUUGACAGUUGGAAUAUGAUAUAAGAGUAGGCUGUAGUGCCGCUGUUCGGUCAAAAUAUCCCUCAUAACACACUGUAUGGCGUAUGGCUGUCUUCAUUAGCUACCUUAGUGCAGAACAGUAGGACGUUAAACCCCCAUUUCAUUUCCUUGUUUUUAUGCAAUAAAUUAACGAACCACAAAUUGUACAAUGAAGCAAUUUAGUGUCUAUUUUUAAUUUAAUUAUUUAAUUACUUAUUAUUACUGUUUAUUCUUUUCUCGGUCUGCUAUUCUAUUUUGUUAUUUUUUAAAUGGUUUUAUGUAUGCUACUGUAGAGCAAGAAGUUAUUGUUAUAAAUAAAGCAAACGUGUGUUGAUCUAUUUGUUAAGGCCAACUCAAGAUUUCGUCAAGGUCGCUGAGAUGUUAAUAGGGUUAGGGCACUUGAUUGAUGGUGAGAUUGUAGGUUAGGGCAAGUGUUGGGGCUAGAUCCAGGGUUAAGGUUAGUUUAAGCAUUAAGGCUAGCCCCAUUUACGUCUCAUGAUCUUUGACCAAACUUGAAGUUGGCCUUAUAAAAUAGAUCUAACUGUUGAAUAUCUCUUCUCUGAGGGAAGAGUACAUAAUACGGGCAAAGAACUCUAGUGACUAUUAAAAGGGAGGAAACUCUUCCAUAACAGGUGUCAACAGUACACAAUAUAUGGAGAACAUAAUGAGAUAUGAUUGGUAUUUCAUGAUAUUACCAUUAUACAAUUACCUUGUAGAUCAAACAAAAGUAUUGUGUAUGGUCAAAGCUGGUUAAAGAUCCAUUCCCGCAAAUUUAUUUAUAGUUUAGUUAUUUCUAAAAUACAGAGAAUUUACCCUGUAUAUCAAAAAUUUCGUCAAAGUUGGUUAAGGCUUCAUUCCCAUGUAGUUAUUUCCAGUGAACUUAUGGCAUAUUUGGUAUAUAUGGAAAUUAGAAACAGUCAAUCUGGAUUCCCUGAAAAUCACCUACAUGGUGCCCACCGGAAAGAAAUGUAAGGGUAUCGCUAACUGCUAACAUUGUCUGAACAUUGAGCAAUUUGAUUAAAACACAGAUCCUAUUUCAUUUCAUUUUUUAUAGUUCAAAAUUUUGUUUUACUUGUCUUUACUAUUCUAGGAUCUGGAAGAGUUGUUAUAUAACCUGCGUUCUAGAUGAUGUGAGGGAUUAGCCAAUCAAACGGUCUGUUGCGGCGAGUUUUGGCCGUGCGAUGCACAGAACUGUGGGUAUCCUACUAGAAACAUCAACGCUGAUUGGUUAAUAAAAUGUCUAACAUCAUAGGGUCAAAAGUCGCUUGUAUGACCUUUGACGCGACCUCACACUACAACUGGUCAGGUCUUCAUGUAGUAGAGGCCAUCGAAAGUAUUAAAAAAAACAAAACGAAAUAUAGAUCUGUAUUUUGAUCAGAUUGCAUUAUGUACUAACUUAUUUAUGUCGACGCUAUUUAUAAAGUCACAGUAAUUUCAAGCAAGAUUAAUUUCAUAUAGCAUUAAUUACUUGUAUUAUAGUAGUGUAAAGUUUCACAUGAUUUAAGUUAUAAUUUAUAGGCAAACAUAUGGUGCAUUUUAUUUACUAUACAAGUUUCUUAGUUUUUUAAUGUUUCUUUCAAUAUGCAAAUUGUUAAAUAUUUUUGUUUUGUUUUUUAAGAGUAACUCUCAGAUAGGUUAUUUUGCAAGACCUUGACGAUAGAGAGAAUUGAACAGGUUUGAUUUCAACAAGAAUCAUGAUAAAAUAUAGUGGACAUCACGAUCAGUUCCACUGUAAUUUAAACUUAAGCCCAGAACAUUGCUCGUUAUCAAGCACAGAACAUUGAUUUGAUUAAAUUCAAUAAUUUUGUUCUAUAAAAGUCUGGUGUGAUAUUCUGCAUCUGCAAUUGUUUUACUAGAUAAAUGACCUCAUUCAAAUUAAUCAGUCAUUUUAUCUCAAUUUUUGAUAUACCUCGUAAAAUUCCCAUUUAGGAUAUUACCUUAUUUGUUUCAAUUUAAGAUAUUAACUUAUUUGUUUCAAUUUAAGAUGUGAAAUAUUUGUGUGUGUCCUCAAUAUGAAUAUGAUAUAUAAAAUAUCAUCUAUUGGUGUUUAUUAUCUGGUCGUUCCAUGAAAUAAAAUAAAUAAAAUAUAAAACUUUUUUAAUAAAGAUCUUCUAUCUGUU